AGUUGUAACCUUAAUUUUCCGGACCCUGAAUCAAAAGGAAUAUGAUUUUCAGAUUUUCUAGGAAAUAAAAUUAUUUAUUAAGGAAUAAAAAAUUUGCGCACAUAUACAUUCAAAGUUCAGACAAAAUGUGGGCAGAUACUCUUCUUAUUGUUUUCAUUUCGAUUUGUACAGCGUUUUUAGGAGAGGGAUUAACUUGGUUAAUGGUUUAUAGAACAGAAAAAUAUCAAAAAUUAAAAGCUGAGGUGGAAAAGCAGAGUAAAAGACUGGAAAAAAGGAAAGAAACUCAUGGAGAUUCUUUGGACAAACAACAUAAAAAAAAAAUUGAAAGAGAGGAGGAAAGAUUGAAAAAUAAUAAUCGUGAUUUGUCUUUUGUAAAGAUGAAAUCUAUGUUUGCCAUUGGUUUUGCGUUUACUGCGUUGUUGAGUAUGUUUAAUAGCAUAUUUGAUGGUAGAGUAGUGGCCCGAUUGCCAUUUAUGCCUCUAACAUGGAUUCAAGGAUUAAGUCAUCGUAAUCUUCCAGGGGAAGACUAUUAUGAAUGCUCUUUUAUAUUCUUGUAUAUUUUAUGCACUAUGUCUAUCCGACAAAAUAUUCAAAAAUUAUUAGGGUUUGCCCCAUCUAGAGCUGCAAGUAAGCAAGGAAAUGGGUUAUUUGGUCCAGCUCCUGGCCAAUUCAAAUAAUUUUGAUAAAUGUACAAAAUCCAGUUUCCUAAUUUUUCUCUUUACCCAUCUUCUCAUUAUUUUUUGAAUGAGUAUCUACGUGUAUAUUGGCAAUGCAUCUAUAGUUUAUGUAAAAAGACAUAAUAUAAAUUUUAUAUAUACUGUAAGAACUAAAUAAUUUAAAUGUUUUAUUUAAAUUUCCAAAAAUGUUCAAACAUCGAUCAUAAAUAAAUUCAAUUAAAAGUC